GAAUACAGGGAUGUUACAACCGUUUAUUGCUACAAUAGCUGUUCUCCUGGGAUUUUGCUAUCAAAACGCGGUUAGUCAGUUGGACAGGAGCGUGCCAAGCUAUCGGAUUGUUCACAUCGAUGAUUUGGUGAGUAAUCCGACGACUGGUAAAGAACACAAACGUUUCGGAAGCAUUGAAGAUGAUAGCGAAUUUACACAGUUCGCUGUCCAUUUUGAAAGGGACAGUAUAUUCCUGGGAUCCAACAAAUCUGUGCUGCGCCUGUCACUCGACGAGUUCCACAAAGUUGAUCAGGUGAUUUGGUCCUUAUCCCAGAAGUAUGGGGAAUCGUGCAGUUCAGUAAACGGAAGUAAAAUUGGCUGUCAGUUCUCAUCGGUUUCCCUCCUGGUUCCCCUCGAUGAUGUCUUUUUCACCGCAAACUCAAAAGCCUUUCGAAGUGGACUGUACGCUUGUCUGACAGACGGCACAUCUUCCGAAUGUACGCUUCGUCAAGCUGCUGAUUUGCGUGGACCACCAAAAACACACUGGAAAGAUUUGGCGCACCGUCCUGUCACCGACUACUCUCAAGUGGUGGGGCUCGUCACCAGUAACCGGUAUCUAUACGUAGCAACCCGGUUUGGCAAUAACAGUGGUUCGAAGAACGUUAUUAUGCGGAUAGCCGCAGAAUCAGAAACUUCAUUGAAAGCAUCAGGCCCGAAGAUGAUCGAAACUCCUGUUGGCUCCAACUGGAUUAUGCAGGAUGAACGAACAGUCUUUGUUGGAGCCUUCGAGUUUCACAACGCCGUCUACUUUAUCUUCCGCGAAACCGCUCAUGAAGCACUUGAAAGUUGUCAAAGCCAAUCUGAUAAUGGUGGACCGCGGAAGAAAUUGGAGAGUUUCACAAAAGCUACUCUCGUUUGUCCCAGUGAGAACAAUGCAGACGGAGAGUCGACAGCCUUCAUUUUCAAUGAGGUUCAAUCGGUACAGGUCGAUCAAGGCACCAAGACACUGUUUGCGGCUUUCACAACUUCAAGUUCCAUCCCUCCAGGUUCCGUGGUGUGUGCCUACCGCCUUACCGACAUCGAAGACGCCUUCAGAGGGCCGCUUCACUUGGCGAAUGGACAAGCGACCAAAUUCGAAAGUUCGGGUGAUUGCACCCGACCAAACAUGAAUGUGUUCUCCGCGCACCGUUUGAUGUAUCGCGUCAUUAAACCACGACAAGGAUAUGCCAUACUGAGGAAAGAUGGAGUGCGAUGGUCUCGUUUGGUGGUUGACUGGGCACCACAUACGCCAAAAACGGAUAACAACUUAGUACUCUUCACAAUGGACACCAAAGGUAUCCUAUCAAAGUGGCACGUAUUCAAGGGUGAAAGUUGCCUGAUUGAGCAAAUUCACUUUCAGCUUCGGUCAAAACCUAUGGAUGCUCUACACAUCGUGGGAAUGGCAAUUUGGCCAGCCAACAAGAACAGUAAAUCCUCCAGCUCGGGCGCAUUAAUUGUGGUGACCAAGUCGGACGUAUUUCGUUUACCAGUCUCGCGUUGUGGACUAGUUGGGCACCUUCGAGAAAUUUGCGAGACCAUACAAGAUCCAUACUGCGGAUGGAAUAUGCAAACCGAAAGGUGCGAGGGGUUGACGACACGAACAGAGCACACCAAACAUGUGAUCAGAUUCGAUAUCUGUGCACCAGACUUGAAAAAGGACCCGAAAUUCUCAAUCGACGGACAAUGGGGAGCGUGGAGUGCAUGGUCUGCUUGCAGUAUGUCUGGACUGACCGGAGAGAAGGAAGGUUGGAUUUCUGAACACAGAAAUUCACAGCAAGCACAAGCUGUGGCGCGUUCAUUGGAACUUCAUGGAUGUCAGUGCAGAUAUCGACUUUGCUCCGCUCCUUAUCCAUUUGGCCAACAGGGUAAGAAAUGCAUGGAGGGACCAGCAGCACAAACAACAAACUGUUCAAUUUCGGGUGGAUGGACAUCCUGGAGUUCCUGGUCUGGAUGCGAACCGGCUUGCAGACCUGCAGGAACUUCUGCUCUCCAAGAAGACAUCUUUGUUCCCGCACGGACUAGGCAACGCUGGUGCUUGAACCCAGCCCCUCUCGGUCCGCAAGGAGAACAGUGCGUUGGAGCAGGCAAGGAAUCUCAACCUUGCAUUGGUCCGCUGCCGAUGUGUCCAGAACAAAAUCUUCCAACUCCCAGUUGGUCACAAUGGUCCGAGUGGUCCGAUUGUUCGACCUCUUGUAAUGGUGGGCGAAGAAUCCGAUGGCGCCAGUGUGGUCGAGAGGAAAUGAAAAGUGCCCCACCAAAACUGGAUAAAUCGACCUACAAAAAGAUUAUUAGGGCAUCGCUGGACAAGACAUUGUGCCUUGGGGAAGCUUUUGAAGAGCAAGAAUGUAAUACACAACCUUGCCCGGUGAACAAGGUGACCUCGGCUUGGACCACUUGGUAUGUAGCUGAAGGCGACAAGGCCGCGGGAACUUUGGAACGAUGCUACCGAGUGGAAUGUGUGGCAAACGUCCCAGAAGUAGACAAGCUGCAUGCAACUAUGCAGGUGCAAAAUGGUGAAUGCGAAAUUGAUGCGAACGGAGUGUUGGUCUGUCAGGAGCCGACGACCGGUUCAGCCAAAGAAACUGUCGGUAGCGAAUCGUGGCUGGAGGCGAAUCUGGAAAAUCGUUGGUCCGUAUGGACUGUGUGCAGCAGACCGUGCGGGGGUGGAACGCGAUUUCGAUGGCGUCCGAGAAAAACCAAAGGAACGACAACGACAAAAGGGAAACAAAGUCAAAACUCUGAGGUGGACAAACAGGAAGAAGCAUGCAACACACACUCCUGCCCAGGUCACUGGAGUUGCUGGACCCAGUGGAGUGCAUGCACAGAACCACCGUGCUCAGAAAACCGUGGGGAACAGCGCCGGUACAGGAGUUGUCUAAUUCCCAGCUCGUUGACUCUUCCGUUCGGUGAAUCACCAGAUAUAAACCUGUGCAGUGGUGGCGAGGAACACAGCGUGCAAUCUCGGCCAUGUGAGGUUACCGUGGAGGAUGUUCAAUGUCGAAAUACCGCUGUCAAUGUGAUGCUGAAAUCCAAACGAAUGAUGCCGCUCGACGGAAACACAUCGGAAUCAACGAGUGCGUACAAUCGGAAAGCAGACGUCACACCUUGGGCCGCUUGGUCAGACUGCUUUCGGCCAUCAGGACUGGAUUACGAUGUUCGAGUCAGAGCCCGCGAGAAGUGCCUGGAUUGUGAAGUUGUACAAGCUAAACGUUGUGACAGCGAUCAAUUUGUACCCGUGGCGGAAAUCUUGGCCGCCGACAACACGAUUCACAGUCCCGGUCAAAAGUCAGCGCAGCCGGUGAAAAACUACACACUUACACAUGCCAUUGUGGUUGCAGUUUUUGGCGCUCUGUUGGGAGUGACUGUCGUUUUAGUACCAUAUCUGAUCUAUACAAUGACAGAACGCAAACAAAGAGAACACAGAGACAGAGCGGACCGAUCUCAACUGUGGCAAAAACUCGUGAAAGAUAAGUACCAUUCUGAUCGGAGUUUACCGUACAUUUGGGUUGGUGAGACCGACGAAGAUGGUAAGGGAAACAGAAAGCGAUUCAGUAAGAAACGGAUACCGAGUCACAGCGAAACGAUCACAAAAACUCGAUCGAAAUGGAAUCCAGUGGAGUCGGGUGGGAUGUCCGAUACACUACAGAACCAAGCAGCAUUAUCUAGACGUCCAUUUCCACAUGCAAGUCUUACUCGCAUUCAGGCUUUGCAUAACGACCACAGGACGAGACCUCCAAUUGAAAUACCCUCUGAAGAAGAGCAUAGGAGAGAUACGGGGCCCGAAAACGGCCAUGACGGAAUUUCGCUAUUUCCAAAUUAUGAAUCAGCAUCGCCAAGAGUACAAACAGGAACGAGUAACGGAACGAAGCCCUAUGGAGGGUCAUCAAGAAGCCUACAUUCACAAGCACUGAGCAAAAGCCAAAUAGAUGGAAAGCCGGACCCGGCGAUAAUCUACGCUUCAGCCCCGUGUCACUGAUGCCAAAAUCCCGAACAUGACUGUUUUCGUUGUUACAAUUCACCGCUGGUAAAACAGUAGCACAAUAUUAACACAGUUGGCUGGGAAAGUGUUCCCAUAUUCCGACUCAACGAUCUAUUCCAGCAGGAAGGAUACGCUGUGUUCACAGAUUUGAAAAAUCAACUAAUUGAGUUGAAAAAUGUCAACCUCACAAAACAACCAUAUAUUCAAAUGUGACGGGAAAAAGAGGAAUUGAAUGUAAUUGUUCCCAGGUACAUCUGGUUAUAAGACAUUCGCAGGUGGAUUAUACUGAAAACCAACCCUUUAAAUUCCAAAUUAAAUCAAUUUAUCAAAUGCUUUAUACGAGGAACGCAUUAAAGGCACGAGAUUGUUCUCGUCUGGUGGUUUAUUCUUGUCCUAUCACAAAUUUGACAUUCACUUACUAUUGUAUUUUUUGCCGUACGCGUGGUUGAGUACAGCCUCAGGACCGUUGUUUCUUUUGUCCCAGCCGCAUUGAGUUUUCUGCUGA